AUAUACGUUCACAUGUGUACAUGACAGCGCGAACUGACUCGCACAUUCGUCGGUUUGGUUGUUACUCUUUGAUCUGUCAGUCGGUUUUGUCAGUCGGUAUAUACACACGUGGACCUAUUACGUGUGUAUAUAGUAUUCAGCUUCUCUCUCGAAGUUUUUCAAACUGCAACAUCAUCAAAUACUUAACAUCGCUUUGUAUAUUUUAUAUUACAAUGAUACCUAACCGAAGGCGGCAGCAAGGGCUGCAAUAUGGAAUAUUUUUGCUGUUUAUGCAAGCCCUAAAUUUUGGGAUUGAAAGAAUACCACCUGCUACUUUGAUUGGAGUCAUAAUACAGACUUUGUUGUACAUGGGGUAUAUAAAAGUGCCAUGGAAUCCGGAAGAAGUAUGUAUAUCGGCUAUAAAGAUAAUCAAGUACAAAGAAUGGCGGUCUCUCUUCUUUUCGCAUUUGGAGCACGCGUCCGACAUGCAUUUGUACUACAACAUGGUCUCUUUUAUUCUGAAGGGCUCUUACUUAGAAUCUCUCUACGGAACAACAAACUUUGUACUUUUACUUUUUAUACUGUCCACUGGAUGUAGCUUUAUGUACGUAGGUUUAAAUUAUCUGUUAAUGCAGUUAACGGGCGAUUAUCAAUAUCUGGUAACUUGCGCUAUCGGGUUUUCCGGAUCGUUGUUCGCUUUAAAAUUGCUUGUGCUGUGCGAACAGCUCGACAGGUUACAUAAUAUCAGUGGAUUUCAAGUGCCGAGCAAACUGGCCGUCUGGGCCGAACUGAUAUUGAUACACUUAUUGGUCCCGAACGCGUCUUUCGUCGGGCAUUUAGCAGGCAUUUUGAUCGGAUGUUUGUAUUGUUACACUUUUGUCGGAGAAGUAAUCGAUAAUCUGAUACACACCAUAACUGGUACCCCUAUCAUACACGAGGAACGAUUUUACAGAAGACGAAACGGACAGUUUACCUGACACACGCACACACGCGUCUUGUAAUAAUAAAAACUUUUUUGUUAAAAUUUUGUAUUAUAAUAAAACAAACACAAAUUUUUUGUAAUGUGUGCGUGUGUGCGUGCAGAGAUAGUUGUUUUACAUCGUGGAAGAAGCUUUAAAAGUUGGAACAAGUAUUGUCAAUAAUAAAAAAAAAAAAACAAAACAAAAAAGGAAAAGAGAAACGGUACUGUGUACGAUUGAUGUGCUAGUAUAGUAUUCCUUAAUACAAAGAAAAAUGUAAGAGAUGCUGCGAUUUUUUUUAUUUAUGUUAAAAAAUCUUGCCCCCCCCCCCUUGUAUAAAUCGUAGUGUAAAUUUACAACCGACAUCGCUGCGUGAAAAGUUACCAAGUCUUGUUUUAUACGUCACUCUCCUCGUCCCGCCACGUGCAAUACUAGAAUUAUAUAAAUUAAAAGCGUUAGAUUCAUGCGUCGAAUCAUAAGUUUUAUAUUAAAAAAAACAAAAAACAAAAAAAAAAACAAACCGACAAGAGAU